AUGGAUUACAAUAGUAUUGAUGAAGAUGAUAUAGAAAACCUACGUUUGGCUGCUCUUAUGUCAAUUAAGAGAAAAUCUAAUGUUCCAAGUAUUACAUUAAGCAGUACAUCUGGAGAAAUUUGUGAAAGAAAAUUCAGCACUACUUCAUCGGGGCCGGCUGCUUUCCUUGAUGAUGGCGAUGUCUUAUCCCUAGGGGAUGACGAUGAAGAUCUGGACGAACUAAACAAAUUAAUGGAUAUUAUGAAUGCUGAAGUUAAUGAAGAAGAUGUUGAAACAUCAAAAAAAGUUAAGAAAAGUAAAAAACAAAAUAAUAAAAAUACGAAUGAAAAAAGUACGAAGCCGAAAAUAAAAAAUAAAUCAAAUAUGAAAGUUAAUGAACCAAAUGGUAUAAAUCAACCAAUGGUUAUUAAAAUGUUAACACCUCUAACUAAUCCACCCGAAGAAAAAUUAGAAUCAAUUAAAAAUUUAGAGGAAAUAAGAAACUCUCUAGCACAAUGCAUUAUAUUAAAUUCUCCUGUUCCCUUAAAAUCACCAUCACCACGUAAAACAAAGAAGUCAAUAACUCCUUACAGUAAACUUCGAAAAAGAUCACCAUCAAGAUCUUCCAGAAGAUUAUCACCUUUAAAAGAAAAAAAUCAUUCUCCGAGGGGAUAUUCUCCUUUAAAGUCGCGAUAUCCCUAUCGUUCACGAUCCCCAAGGAGAAGUCACAGGUCUUUAUUACGAGAUAUUUCGCUAACAAGAAGACGACUGUCUCCAUUAAGGAGAAGAAGUAGAUCUCCACUUAAGAUCAAAUCGAGAUCAUCUAUAAUUAGAACUGAUGUUAGAAGAAGAUCACCUAUUCCAGUAAAGAAAGAAAUUAGAUCAAGACCUGUAUCUCAUAAUGUUCGCCGUAAAGAUAAUAAAAUCUUAGGUAAUGAAUAUUUGAAGAGAAAGGAAAAAAUCAAACCUGCGGAUAAACAAAUAGAUUCUAGGUCAAUAAAUCCUGGACAUGAUGAUAUUAAUAAUUUGCUCAUUGUUCAAGAGGAUAGAUUUAACUAUCACAUUGGCGAAAAAAAUAAAACAACGGUUGUAGAAUCUGAAACUUUAGAAAUAUCUAGUGAUGAUAAUAAAGAAUUUAUUGAAAAAAAAGAUGAAGGAAUUCAAGAAAAGCAGCAAAUAUAUGAUAAAAAAGUAACUAUACAACAUGAUGAUCUUGAUCUAAGAACAGAGUUAAAAAGAAGAAGAGCCCUUCAUUUAAAAACGAUUCAAUUAAAAGUUAUGAAAAAACCCAAAUCGUUUAAUCCUGCCCGGUUAUUACAGUCUGCAAUUAGUGAUAUUGUAAGAUCAAGCAGUUCAAAUGAAGUAAAGAUAAAAAAAACAUUUAAAAUUCCAGAAAUAAAUACUAAAACCGAAGAUGACCGAAGAGUUAUUGUGAUGAAUAGAGAUUCUAAGACUAGAAGUGACUUAAGCAUUUUACAUCCAGAAGGUCGAGAAGCUUAUGACAGUGAAGGAGAAUCUUAUACAAAUGUCAAAAUACAAAAAGCCAAAUUAAAUAAAGUUCCUAUACAUUUGAGAACAGUUAAUAGUGGUAACACAAUUCAAAAAGAAUUUAAGAAGAUCAAAAAACCUAUCUUAUGGCCGUGAAUACUUAUUUAUGAUAACAAGAUAUCUAUAUA